GGUAAUUGCGGGGUUCGGAAGCCCAAACGUGGAGCUUCGUAGCUUUCUUUCCUGAAAACAAGCAAUCCCACCAUCGGUCGAAAUCCCGGUUACCACUAUCCGCCAUCGGUGAUGUUCCGAUUCUGUAAACAUUUAAACAGCGGCAUUAUUCUGAGAUAAACGUGUUGGGUUUUCCUGAUUAAAGAUCGGAUUAAAAACAAUUCUAUCGUCGACGGGUACCUAAUUCAAUACCACUGCAGAGCGAUCUACGCACUACUUACUUGAACCCGCAGUGGUUUCAUACCUACUGCUACCAACUCACAAACAUCACCAAUAAUGGCCGACAUACCAGAGAAGUAUGAAGAUCUCCCUGACAAGAAGAGAUACUGGCCUUGUCCUCCCGGUUCGCAUGAAGAGGGUCUGGGAAUGCUCCGUCUUUUGACGGCAGAGGUCGUUGCAGAGGCGGCGCGCAGCCAGAUUCAGAUUGGUGAACGCGUCUGCUUGAAUUGGGAUUUGGAAAAGUUGGAUUACCCAGGAUACGGCCGUAAACCAUUCUCUCAUCAAAUCAAAUGGUGCGCUGAAGGAAUCGCCUUAGACGACGAAUAUCACUUCAAUCCACAACAAUCCUCUCAAUGGGACGGACUCCGCCACCACAGCGCUCCGGGACUGACCCCCGACGGACCUAGACUCUGGUACGGAGGCACAAAGAUCGAGGAGAUCAUGAGUGAAGACCCGCACCCCACACGCAUCGGAAUCGGGCAUUGGGCCAAGAAAGGAAUCGCCGGCCGCGGCGUUUUGAUCGAUUACCUCUCCUAUGUUGAAAAGAAAGGAAUCAGCGUCAAUGCCCUUUCACAACACACCGUCACGUUAGAUGAUGUCCUUACUAUCGCGCGUGAAUGUAACAUUGAGUUCAAGCGUGGAGAUAUCUUCUUCCUACGUGUCGGACUGACGAAGACGUGGGAGAAGCUGACGAAAGAAGAGAAGAUCGCGUAUAGGGCCCAGAAGGUUCCCAAGCAUGCGGGAAUCGAGCAGACAGAGCAAGUCAUCAAGUUCAUGUGGGAUAACCAUUUCGCUGCCGUUGCAUCAGAUGCAGUGAGCUUUGAAGUGUUUCCAGCACUCAACCCGGAGUGGGAUCUGCAUCAUCACCUGCUGGCUGGUUAUGGUAUUCCGAUUGGGGAGAUGUUUUAUUUGGAGGAUUUGGCGGAGCUGUGUAAGAAGCUGGGGAGAUGGACGUUCUUUGUCUCGAGUAGUCCGUUGAACUGUGCUCAGGGAGUGUCGAGUCCUCCAAACUGUAUGGCGAUCUUCUAGAGAGAGUGGUGAUCUGUUGUUGUUGGUUGGAAUGGUUUGUAGGAGUUUUGAGCGGGUUAAAUAGACACGAGAUGUAGUAGACAAUGAGAAUUCGUAUAUUACU